ACCUGUUCCAGUAUUGCUGGUUGCUUCCGUGAGGGGAGAUAGAGGAGAAUGGGGAAGCUGCAAAGAACUGGCUGAUGCAACAGGCCGGACCUCAGCGGAGCAAUGAGCCAAGUGGAGCUGUUCUGGGCUGCGGCCUCACUGAUGCUGCUGGGGGCUCUUGUGAGCAUGUGCAUGAAGUGUCAGCGUUCUGCUACUAAACGGGAAAAGAAGCUGUGCAAGCAGAGGAAACUGCAUGAAAACCAGCCGGGGUUUGAGGUGAUACGAUCCUAUUCAAUUGCAGUGACAAGGCAAGAUCAAAUUAAAUUGCCAGACAACAUCCCAGUAACAAGGAAAACCAAUAAGCAACUGCAGGCCACAGGUAUUGAUGGUGAUGGUGCUGAGCCCAGAUAUCAAAAUUUCAUGAGAGAAGACAACCAGGAAUUGGAUGCUGCCUAUGUCAACCCUAUAGCUACAGAUUACUUGAACUGUGGGACGUUCUUGAGACCAGCAAAUGAAAAGGAAGAGGAUUCCUGUUCCUAUCAAAAUGUUGUGAUUGGGGCAUCCAAUAGUGCUGAGUCUGAUGACGUGGACGACUAUGAGAACAGCGCCUCUAUAAAGAUAUGGAAACAAUCAAAUAUAUCAGAAAGCCCAGAUGAUUAUCCAGAUUACGUUAACUCAGACGUUGCAGCUGUGCCAAACUAAAGGUAUCUUCCCUACAACUGAAAAAAAAGCUGUUGCAAAGCUGCAGAAGCGUAUGUUUCAUUUUGAAGACUGCGACACACACACAGUGGAAAGGGGUCCUUUGAUUCACAAGUGUAAUGGAAUAACCUGUUCUCCAAACCCUGCCAAAAGUAGCUAACUUAAAGGACAGGGAUGCACACUGCUGAAAGUAAAUGCACUGGAUCCAGAAGUCCCACAAAAAUACAACUGGAAAAAGUAUAUGGAGAAAGCCCACCCCACUGCCCCCCAACAAGUGAAUUUCAGCUGCUCGGUGCAGCAGAUGCCAAGGUUUUGUUAUUCUAUCAUAUUUUCCUCCACAUCCAUUCAAAGGAGUGAUGGCUUGUCUGCUCAACAACAUUUUCUGCUGUCAAGUGUGAAAUGAAUCUUUAAACUGCUGAGCGGCAACGCAG